GCCCCGGCCAGGGCACACAGACGUUCAUUGUUGAAGCCCCUUUGGCGGCGGCGAGGAGCAGGUAAGGCUGCUCCGGCAUCAAUGGCAGCUCUGUGUGGCGGCGGGGCGGGGACUGCGCUGCGGGGCCUCGCAGAGGGAUGGCGGUGGGCCCCGCAUUGCGGCGUGCCCGGGCCGUCCCCACCCCGAAGGGCUCGGAGGGGGCCCGGCUUCUGCUGCGGUGCCGACCCCCGAGCUUCGCCCGCACGCGGACCCCUCACUCCGUGUUCACCGUGUCACCUUCCUGGGACGUGGCUGCGGGCUCACACGUCCCUUUGGCUUAGCAGCACUUUUGCCCGUUUUGAGCUGUUUUUUGCUCAGUAAGUGGAUAGGGGGUUUGUUUUCUUGGUGACUCGAGGCUAAAGCUCCCGCUCCUGGCAGCGGUUCCUUUGCGCAGUGCUUUCCAUUGAGAUCUUGGCUGAGUCUGGAAACCUUUGCUUUCAGGUAGAGAAAAACAGCCUUAGUGUGCACAUUUCAGCCGGUCAGGGGGGUUUAUGUCAGGCACAAACCUUUCGAGAACAUUGAGUCUCUGAGGAGCGUGGGUAACUAAUCCCUGUGUGCGCCGCGGGGAGAGGCUGCUCAGUGCUGCGCCGGCUCCAGCACAGCCCCUGCUCCAAACCCGGCUCCCUCUGCUCGCCCCAUUGGGACCUCGAGGUGCCGAUGGCGACGAUGUCGAUGCAGCUGGGCGGGCUGGUGCUGGCCGUGCUGGGCUGGCUGGGCUCCAUCCUCACCUGCGCGCUGCCCAUGUGGAAGGUGACGGCCUUCAUCGGUUACAACAUCGUGGUGGCCCAGGUCUUCUGGGAAGGGCUGUGGAUGAACUGCGUCUACGAGAGCACGGGGCAGAUGCAGUGCAAGGCGUACGACUCCCUGCUGGACCUCACCUCCGACCUGCAGGCCGCCCGCGCGCUGGUGGUCACCUCCAUCAUCAUGGCCUUCCUCGGCCUCCUCACCGCCAUCUCGGGGGCCGACUGCACGCGCUGCAUGGAGGACAAGAGCUCCAAGGGCCGUGUUUCCAUUGUGGCGGGGGCCAUCUUCGUGCUGGCCGGCAUCGUGCUGCUCAUCCCCGUCUCCUGGUCUGCCAACAGCAUCGUCACCAACUUCUACAACCCCAUGGUGCCCGAGGCCCUCAAGAGAGAGCUGGGGGCUGCCCUGUACAUCGGGUGGGCCUCCAGCGCCCUGCAGCUGCUGGGUGGGGGUAUCCUGUGCUGCUCGGGGCCGCCCGUGGAGCGGGACCACUACCCCAAGUCAUACCGUGCGGUGAAGGGCUGUGGCCCCAUGGGCUACCCCAUGAAGGACUACGUGUGAGCUGCCCCCGCUGGGCACCACCGGCCCUUGGGCACAGCACCGCGGUCCCCAUCCCUCCCGCAUCCCACAUUCCCUGCCUGCACACUGCAUCCCCACGCCAGCUGCGUCCCCCCCGUGCUUUGCCCUUCCCGCAGGCUGGUGACAGCGUGUGGCCCCAUCCCGCUGCCCUCCCGGGGCACCGCUGCUGCUCCCAGCUCUAUAAAGGUCUUGGUGCCACUAA